UAAAAUCUGACGACAUGCGUGUAGUUUAUAGCACUAUUGUAGAAUGUGCGACCGUCUCAUGAAGAUAUAUACUUUUUCUUUUACCCGCAUAUCACAAAAUAUAUACAAAUAAAAUUUAUAUUUAAGUGUAUUUGAAAGUGAAUGUUUGACAUUUUUUUGCGAAGAAUUUUACAGUGGAUUUGCAAUGACGUGUCUAAAAAUAGAAUAUUUUCUAGCUCUGCUAAUCCUCAGCAGCCAGACUAGAUGUGAUAGGCAGAAAAGAGGUCUCAUAUUCCCACCGACAAGUUUGUACGGGACGUUCGUUGCUAUUGCCGUUCCAGUCGAUAUUCCGGACAAGAACGUUUUCGUCUCCUACAACUUCGAGUCUAAUUAUAGUGUUGUCACCAACAUCACAGAGAUCGACGAAGUACUAUUCCCUAACCUACCGCUUAUUAGUUCCCGACAAAGCCGAAGUAUCACAAGAGAGUUAGUAUAUACAGUACUAGAGAACAGAUUCAAACAACACGGUAUGCAGGGUAGAGAAUGCAUGCUCCGAAAUAUUUGCGAAGCAGCGGAAACUACACUACACCACAACGGAUUGCUUGGACACAUUAUGCAUAUAAUUUUCACGCCAUCGUCGUCUCGUGAAGAAGGUUUAGAUGAUGAAUAUUAUGAAGCGGAACUUGAAGGACAGAAGGGAAACUGUGACAGAUAUCUCGACGACUGCCCAUACAGCUUAUUUGAUAUUAUCACCAGACUAGUUGAAAUACGACCUAAUUCAUAAACAAUAUAAAAUUCUUAUAAUAAUAAAUCUUUUUUUUUUGUACUUUACGUUAAAUUGUA